AUGCACACAAAUACUCCCUUGAGCGGAUGGGAGAAAUGCCGAACCCUCGUAUUGAGCAUUCCGCAAAAUCCCAACAUCCAGUCCGCCGUGGUCCAGGGACUCUACGGCAUCAACACCCCGGCAACGUUCAGCUGCCCCGGUUUCAAGAGCCAGUGCAAGAACGUCACCCAGGAAACCUUGCGGUCGGCCAAAUGUGACGGUAAUGAUGACUUUUCCUUUGGGAAGGUCCGGGAAGUCGAUUUCGGCGUCGCGAAUCCCUGGAAACGUACACCUCCCCUGGAAAAUUUCUUGGUGUCCUCAACGAUCGUUACCCAGUGGGUUGAAGGAAACUUUGAGAAAAAAAACCUAGGUCUGGCUGCUGCUCUAUCUGGUGACGUGAACUUUGAUGAGCGAUUCAAGAAAAUGGCAGGUAGUAUGACGGAUUAUCUGCGUUACGGGCCAAAUGCCGAGGCUGCACAUGGAGAGAGAAUCGAGAGCCAGCCAUUUGGACCGCCACGUUCCUCCGUGGAAGACUUCGACGCUUGUCAGCAUGAGAAGCGGCUUGGGUUGCUACAGAGCACAUUCACGGAUAUCAAGUUGCUCCAGGACUGGGCGGGGAGGACUGAAGUACGGCUGCAGUAG